GUGCUUCCAAAACUCUUCUUUGAACCCCAAAGCGAAACACACAAACCAACGGAAAAUUUUAUUUCUCCAAAGCACCCGCGAAGACCCUGACAACGAAAAUCACUCUAUUUUCUGGUGCCUUUUACAAAUUUAAGUUUGAUAAUCUUGAAGGCAAAAGAGUUUGGGUCCUAAGGUGAAGAUUGUGACGUGCUGGUUUUUGUUCUUUGGAGAAGGGCCAAGGCUGAUUCUUUUCUGAUCUGCUGCACCAGUAUUAAGAAUUGUUAUUACAUAAAUCAGCUAAUGCAAACCUCAUAGGAUGGACUCGCACCAGUUUUUUGGACUUGGAGUGACUGGUGCGGGCCUAUCCUUCACAUCUUCUUAUCCUACUGUUCCAUCAAUACCUAAUAGAUUGCUUGAGUCCUUGAAAUUUGAUAUAGGAAACUCAACUAAUUUUCCAUUCUUGACUCAGUUUGAUUCUGAUACCCUUACUACUUUAAGUGACAGCCAGGAGCAGCACAGCUCCACAGAAAAUCUCUCAGGAGUCAGCCCUUCCUGUAACUCUUCAAUUGAAACCAACAGUUAUUUCCAUCGGUUAAGCCCUCCUCUAGACUGUCUUCAAGACGGUCUACAGCUCUAUACUGUUGGGUCUUCUUCCAGAGAGGAUGCAAAUUGUAGACAGAACAUGAAAGAUGCUUUACUGGAAUUAGAGACUGCUUUAAUGGGGCCUGAUGAUGAUGAAGUCACCAGACGGGAAAUUAGCACACCAGAGACACCGGGCCAAAGUUCUAGGUCAUGGAGCCAGGAACCUCAAGGGGUACAUGUGUCUCCGCCUCGGCCAACUUUUGUUCCUAGGCAUAGGGCAUCCGGCGAAGUUGUUCAUACAGAGAAGCGUCACAAAAUGAUGGAGGUAACAUCUUUACAGGGUUUCCCCCCAGGGAAUCUGAAGCAAUUGCUGAUCGCAUGUGCUAAAGCUCUCUCCGACAACAGCAUUGAUGUUUUUGAUAGGUUGAUUGAAAAGGCUAGAGAUGCUGUGUCUAUCACAGGAGAACCAAUCCAGCGUCUUGGUGCUUACAUGGUAGAAGGGCUGGUGGCAAGAAAGGAGGCAUCGGGCUCCAGCAUUUACCAAGCCCUCAACUGUAGAGAGCCUGAAAGCAAAGACUUGCUUUCGUACAUGCAUAUCCUGUAUGAAAUCUGCCCCUACUUAAAAUUUGGUUACAUGGCAGCCAAUGGGGCUAUUGCUGAUGCAUGCAAAAACGAGGACCGCAUCCACAUCAUAGACUUUCAGAUUGCUCAGGGAUCCCAGUGGGUGACUCUCCUUCAAGCACUUGCAGCACGACCGAGAGGGCCUCCCCAUGUGCGGAUUACAGGGAUUGAUGACCCUGUUUCCAAAUAUGCCCGUGGAGAUGGUUUGGAGGCAGUAGGGAGACGGUUGGCAGCAAUUUCUGUGAAAUUUAACAUCCCAGUUGAGUUUCAUGGAGUGCCAGUUUUUGGUUCAGAUGUUACGCGGGAUAUGCUUAAUGUCAGGCCUGGGGAAGCUCUGGCUGUGAACUUCCCUUUGCAGCUCCACCACACCCCAGACGAGAGUGUUGAAGUGCAAAAUCCGAGGGAUGGGCUUCUGAGAAUGGUAAAGUCACUUUCUCCCAAGGUGGUCACUUUGGUGGAGCAAGAAUCAAACACAAACACAACCCCAUUCUUCCAUAGGUUUGUAGAAACUCUAGACUACUACUUGGCAAUGUUCGAGUCUAUUGAUGUCACCCUGCCAAGAAACAACAAGGAUCGGAUAAAUGUGGAGCAGCAUUGUUUGGCCAGGGAUAUUGUGAAUGUCAUUGCUUGCGAGGGGAAGGAGAGGGUGGAGCGCCAUGAACUCUUUGGCAAAUGGAAGUCUAGAUUGACAAUGGCGGGGUUCCGCCAAUAUCCUCUGAGCUCUUAUGUCAACGGCGUGAUAAAGAGCCUGCUGAGGUGCUAUUCAGAACAUUAUAUGCUAGUGGAGAAGGAUGGGGCUAUGCUGUUGGGCUGGAAGGACAGGAACCUCAUCUCGGCUUCUGCCUGGCAAUGAUCAAUAGAGGUGGUGGCCACACAAAUAAACACUUCUUGCCACCUGCUGCAGUGCAGAAGGUGAUAAUGCUCUUAACAUCAGCCAAUGGACACAUUAAAUAAUCUUGGGUAUCAUUGCCAGGCGAUCCAAUGGCUUACGUUCCUUAUCAUCUAAUGUUCAGAUACCAGUGAUACCACCGAGGCUCUCGCCACUUUUCUUUGAUAGAUAUUCCUCACCAAUGUUGUUCUAUACAUAUUUUACUGUAUGUUAGAGUUGUAGCAUAUGUCAGUAAGUAUGUGAGGAUUAUGAGAUAAAGAUCAAAUUUCAAUCACAAUGUACAUAAUCAUUUAACCCGAUCAGUAAAUUAAAUUCAGCCCAAAUUAACAAA